AUGGGCUCGAAUAUCAAAAUCACCGCCUUCUUCAAGGCUGGUGGCAGAAAGCAGCCGACAAAAGCUGGCUCAUUCUCCAAUGGUCCAACCAAGAAGGCCUUGUACACCCCGUGCGGUCUCGAUGUCUCCCCAAUUACGGAUGUCCCCGAUGCUCCCAUCAAUCUUGAUGCCUUUCCCAAGAAGAACUUCGACGACCCCUUCGCAUUCGAUGACUCUCCGUACAAGAAGGACUUCGAAACCCCGUUGGACUUUGGUGGCUCGCUGUCCAAGAAGCCCUUCAACAACCCAUCCGACCUUGACAACUCUCUGAACAAGAAGGACUUCAAUGACCCAUACGGCCUUAAUGGUUAUCUACCCAAGAACACGUCCGACAGUCCCAUCCUUUUUGAUGAUCCUCCGUUCGACUAUGAUGCCUUUCCACCCUAUAAGCCUUCUGAAACUACAUCCACCUCCGAUGGCUCUCUGGCCAAGAAGGACUUCGAGUUCCCAUUCAUCGCUCCAAGGUCACCUCCCAAGAAGCUGUUCCCGGCCCUUGCCACCUUCAACAUGGCUUCGUUCAAGGCUGAGCGUGCCAGAGCGAUCGCACGUACCGAAGAAGCUAUUAUCGAGGUCGUCCAAGACCUGUGCGGUUAUGUCGACCGCAACAAAGACUCUGUCCACACAGGUCAAACACAACUCGUGGAGGUGCAUGGCGCUGAAGUACUUGCCACUAGAUACAUCGAAGGUUGCCCGGUUCCACUGAAAGCUACCUUGGGCCAGGAAGGAGGAAUUGAUUACUUCGCUCUGGCCGACUUGCACGAUGAUCCAGAAUGCAAACCCGACAGUCAUCACUGCGGAUCGUACUUCUUUGGUGGAGUGCCCAAGCACACCCAGCUCCAACCCAGAUCUCUGCCCAUUCACUGUGGAGAGACUGCCAACGCCAGCGGAAUGAGACAACGCACCUCAGACCACAUGAAUGAAUCAUUUCGGACAAAGACGAAAUGGCCACUGCCAGUCUACUCUGCCAUUGAUGAUCCGAGGUAUCCGCUGAAGCCCUUCGUGUUGGCUACAUGUAAAGAGAAGAUCCGGGACAAGUACUUCGACCGCUUCGCAGAAGCCAUCACCAGGCAGCUUCUGGGUACGAACAUGAGGAUACCCGCGUUGGCAGCAUUGAACUCCUUGCCGUCGUACGGCAUCCUCAAAUUCAUCCAGCCUGUUGAACCGUACAACAAGUCCAUGGUACUCCGUGAAGGCAACAGGAGCGAUGUCCAGUCAGAAGUACUUUCCGACCGUCAGACGGUAGCCGCGGAGAACAGGCGGGAGAGGCAUACGGAGAAUGAACGUGCUAGAAGUCAGAGGAUGAGGGAGGCAUACGUCUGUGCCGUUUGUAUGUCAACCGAGUCGCCGACUUGGUUACGAGACAGAGACGCAGAUGAAGACUUGGGCGACAGAGUUUGUGGUCGUUGUGAUUCUUACCACGUCAGGCAGGGAAGCUAUCCAUCACCUGAAGUACUUCGCAGCCUGGAUGAGAAAGCCGCUCUGGCUAAAAAGCGUGCAAAUGAGGCCGCUUCAGCUCCAAGCACUGCCACUAAGAAAAAGAGAGGACCCCUUGCUGGCAGAGAAGCCAGAAUCCCCAACAGCGCUUGCGCAAACAGUGGAUGCAAUACCACCGAAACGCACAAAUGGUAUUAUGAUACGUCGCUCAAAGCCUAUGUCUGUGCAGCCUGCUACAGAUUCCGUAAAGAUCACAGCCGGUAUCCUGACUAUGUGUCUGGCAAAGACCGAAAGAGAGCAAAAAAAAAGUCAAGAGCCGAGAAGCAGCUGGACUUUGACGGUCCUGCCCAAGGAAGUCCUUCUGACGGCCCUCCACCGUCCUCUCAUACCUGA